GCCUUGGUGGGUGUGCGGCCUUAGCAGGGGCGUGGCGUGGCGGGGCAGGGUCGGGCUGGGCUGGCCAGGGCGUUUCCGUUGCACAGAGCCGCGGAGUACUGCCCUGUCCCUCGCGUGUGCAUCGGUCCCCUCCUCGUCCGCAGUCUGCGCUCUACCGACCUGCUCCGGCUCGCUCCUGACCGACAGCAUCAUGGCCCAGGUUCUCAGAGGCACAGUGACAGACUUCCCUGGAUUUGAUAGCAGGGCUGACGCAGAAACUCUUCGGAAGGCCAUGAAAGGCUUGGGCACUGAUGAGGAGAGCAUCCUGACCCUGCUGACCUCUCGAAGCAAUGCUCAGCGCCAGGAAAUCGCUGAGGAGUUUAAGACUCUGUUUGGCAAGGACCUUCUGGAUGACCUGAAGUCAGAACUGACUGGGAAGUUUGAGAAGCUAAUUGUGGCUCUGAUGAAGCCUUCGCGGCUCUACGAUGCCUACGAACUGAAACACGCUCUGAAGGGAGCUGGGACCAAUGAAAAAGUAUUGACAGAGAUUAUUGCUUCAAGGACACCUGACGAGCUACGGGCCAUCAAACAGGUUUAUGAGGAAGAAUACGGUUCCAGCCUGGAAGAUGACGUGGUUGGGGACACCUCAGGGUACUACCAGAGGAUGUUGGUGGUCCUCCUUCAGGCAAAUAGAGACCCCGAUACUGCGAUUGAUGAUGCUCAAGUUGAACUGGAUGCUCAGGCGCUGUUCCAGGCUGGGGAGCUGAAGUGGGGGACAGAUGAAGAAAAGUUUAUCACCAUCUUUGGGACACGCAGUGUGUCUCAUUUGAGAAGAGUGUUUGACAAGUACAUGACAAUCUCAGGAUUUCAGAUUGAGGAAACCAUUGAUCGAGAGACUUCAGGGAACUUGGAGCAGUUGCUCCUGGCUGUGGUGAAAUCUAUUCGGAGCAUACCAGCCUACCUUGCAGAGACCCUCUACUAUGCGAUGAAGGGUGCUGGGACGGAUGAUCACACCCUCAUCAGAGUCGUGGUGUCGAGGAGCGAGAUUGAUCUGUUUAACAUCAGGAAGGAGUUUAGGAAGAACUUCGCCACUUCUCUGUAUUCUAUGAUCAAGGGCGACACAUCUGGAGAUUAUAAGAAAACUCUGUUGCUGCUCUGUGGAGGAGAGGACGACUGAGGGAGCCAGAAGCGCAUGGUGCCGCCGCCUCCAUCAGCUUCCCUCAGCAACUGCAGCCAAGCUCACCUUCCUGUGCCUGACAAGCUGCCUUACUUGUGCUAGUAUGCUAAUCACCAGAUGUGUCACAGAUGACAAUGGUGGCCCGACCUCCUGAUCUCCCUGUUGGCAUUAGUGCUGGCCUUAACUCCUGUGUGUGUCUAAGUCUGAGUUAUUAAUAUUGUCUGUAGUGAGGGCAGAUUGCUUUUUAUAAUCUUUUUAAAGCUUCUUUUAUAUUAAGUUAAUAACUGUAUUACCUGGAUCGGAAACUUAGCCGUGAAAUUGUGAACUCCUAGAAAUGCUGCCAAUCAGGCUCAUGCUUUAUCAGACCUACAACAUUAUGAAGGUCAUAUCAGGAAAAUUAAUGACAAAUAAACAUUCCCUUCGCUCGGAA